AUGCCCAAGAAAUUCCAGGGGGAGAACAGCAAGUCGGCGGCGGCGCGCGCCCGCAGGGCCGAGGCCAAGGCGGCGGCGGAGGCGCGGCGGCAGCAGGAGCUGGAGGAUGAGCUCUGGAAGGACGAGGACAAACACGUCCUGAGGAAGGAGCAGAGGAAGGAGGAGCGGGAGAAGCGGCGGCUGGAGCAGCUGGAGCGCCGCAAGGAGCUGCAGCGCCUGCUGGAGGAGGAGGAUUCCAAGCUGAAAGGGAAAACUCCCAAGCAGGGAAAUCCCGGGAAAAUCACCCGGGCGCAGAUCGAGGAGAACGUCCGGAAGGAGCAGCAGCAGAAGGAAAACGCCGACGGAGCGGAGAAGGAGAAAUCCCACCUGGAAUUGCCCCUGGAGGAGAACCUGAACCGGCGGCUGCCCGAGGAGGGCGCGGUGGAGGCGCGGAGCAUCGAGGACGCCAUCGCCGCCCUCAGCGUGUCCCAGCCCCAGGAGCGUCACCCCGAGCGCCGGCUCCGCGCCGCCUUCGCCGCCUUCGAGGAGCUGCAGCUGCCGCGCCUCAAACGGGACAAUCCCAACAUGCGGCUGAGCCAGCUCCGGCAGCUCCUGAAGAAAGAGUGGAUGAAAUCCCCGGAGAACCCCAUGAACCAGCGGCACAAGGCCUACAACAGCCACAAAUAGGACUGCAGCAUUCCCGGACUGGGAUUCUCCCGGGAAAAUCCUCCCGGGAAAGUUCUCCCCGCGGGAUUCGCUUCUUUUUCCUCUCUCUCUCUCUCUCUCUCUCUCUCCCUCUGUCUCUUUUUCUCUCUCCGUGGAUUUCUCGAGGUCGGACUGAUGGCGCCUUCUCCUCCCCCAAAUUCCCUGGAAAAAGCAGCUCCCAGCAGCUCCUUGGUGUUCCCUCCGUGGAAUUCUGGAGCCGCCACGUGGGAAACGCUCCCGGGGCGUGAUCCCGAAAUGAUUCCAGAGCGGGAUCUCCCUCGGGUAUCCCUGGUGCCGUUUCCUUUGGGACUGGGGUAUCCCUGAAAUCCCUUGGGAUUGGGAUAUCCCUGAAAUCCCUUGGGAUUGGGAUCUCCCUGGUGCCAUUUCCUUUGGG